AUGCCUGCCCUACGACCACGACUUUGUUGUUCUGUGCGACUACAGAUACAGUCUCAAAUCAUCUCCCCGCGACGUUGCAAGACCGGGCUGAAAUUUAUGGAGCCACCACCAGCUCCUCCUGCAUGGGGAAAGGGAAAACGCGGCAGAGGAGGUAAAGAUAGAGCUACUACUUCUCCUACUAUUUCUAUCAGCUGGCAAGCGGUUCCCCAGUGGACCAAUAGGCUGGUUGACUACCUCGUUGGACACCCACCAGAUUGCCGCAUUCUGUUCGCCAGUGAAAAGAAGAAUCCAGCCAACCAUGAAGCUGAGGGCCGCCCCUCAGGCAAAGACAAAAAUGAAAUCCAUGCUGUCAUUGCAAGGGUUAUUUUCUCCGACGAUCCUCAAUACGCAGUGCUCUACACGUCGAAUCCCAACAAAUUUCGGGACUCUGUAUAUAAUCGCAUCGUGGCCCUCCGCACUAAAUUUCGUGACAUUCGUGCUGAAUUUGAGUCAACGGGUGCAGGCAUCGUGCCCAUCGAUUCAGAGACAAGCGUGAAUUUGCAUCGUAAAUACGAGAAGGACUUUCCCUGGUACGAUCAGCUCUACUCCAUCUGGGGCUCCCAUCCAUCAUUCUCCGCCAAAACGUCAUCGUCAAAGCCGGGCGUUGAUCACGCGAGUGAUCUCUUUUCUCUCACCCGUCCUUCGGGUGGCUCUCUUCAUCCCCCCGCUUCCCCCAGCACUGAUCCUGGCUCUCCCAUGGAACUUGGCAACACGCCUCUCCCCAAUGCUCCAGCUGGCGGCAUUGCUGGGUCCUCAACUGGACCCACUUAUGGCUGCCUUCCUCCAAACGCCCAUGCAGGUGGUGCUGCAGCCGCAGCACCACCUACCUCCCCCCAAUUUUGUCACACUUCCCCUGCUCCUGGAGGCAGUGGUGGUAGCCCUUCGCAAUGGAACUAUGUGCCACUGCCCCCAAGCGCUCACACCAAUAGUUCUGCCGGGUCCCCUGUUUUUCGUUUCCCACCGCUUCCCUCCGGUGCUACAUCUCACAACGGUUCUUACUCUCCCAUCGCUCAUUCCCCCACUGAUGAUUAUAAUUUCGAUGGUAUUUACGAUGACAACCCUCUUGCGGGUGAGAUGGGGGAUCUUAAUAUGGAUUCCCCGGAUGAAAUUACACACGACGACAGCAACACUAUCAGCCUGAACAGCCCGCCAAGACGCAGGGCUGGGAAGAAGCGCCAGGAGCCCCCUUCCCCCCCCCUCCCCUACUACUACCUCUCAUACGCAACAGAUGCCCCCCCGCACUUCCAUCCAGCAUGA